AGCCUUUAAGCACCAUUGCCUAAUAGCCAAAAAUGGAAAAAUGAAUUCGAUAUCAUCCUUUUUUUCAUGCAUGUUGAUAGCAAUAAUUUUUUCGACGAAUUAAAUCGGUAAUUUAGGAAGAAUACAAAAUUAAAGACCACUAAAUAUAUAUGCUUAACAUCACAAUUAUGAAGGCGCUUGCGUAUUACCUGUGCUUACGGAUUUUGUAGAACCAAUCAGAGUCGAUAUGCGCAGAAUGAACGAAAACUCGUAAUUCGAGAGAUCUGAUCAACAGAUACAAAUAAAUGCUUCAUAUAUGUUUUAACUAUAUAACAUAUAUUUAUCUCUUGUUUGCAGAAAGCAUGAAAAGUUAAUAGUAUUUUAUUAUUUAAUGCCUUUCUUUGUUCAUUUAUGAUUCCUACAUUCUUUAUAACGGCACCAAUAAAGAAUGGAUCAAGCACGGUGUACUGUUAAAGACGAUGAAUUAGGAGAUGUAGAACACGAAAAUAAAAAUCAAUUUAAGAACGAAGCAAUAAUCAAUAAACAAGCAGAACUUGAUCAUAACGAGUUAGUAAAACUAACGAAAGAAGCUAUUGACAAUAUAAUAGAAAGCGAUCCACUAUUUUCUGGUUUACCGUCGGAUGUUACAGUUGAAGAACUUAAAUCUCAAAUUGCAGUUGCACAAGGGCAAGCAAUAACUCUAUAUUUGAAUCGUGGGGAACUACCAAAGCUUGGAAUUGUGGUACCUCCCCACAAUACUUCAGUUUUGAAUCUCAAGAAAGCUAUAAAGCGUCACACAAAUUUAUCUUUAAAAAGGGAAAAUGUGAAGAAGAAAAUAAGUUGGAAACAUGUUUGGAAAAAGUAUUAUUUAUGCUUUGAUAAUGUAAAACUGGUAAAUGAUAAUGAAAAUAUCAAAGCCUAUGGAAUUACAAAUAAGGCAGAAUUAUACUAUGUAAAAAAGCGCAGAGAAAAGAAUAAAUUAAUAAGGAAUACUUAAUUUUUGUACAAAAAAUUAAAUUUUAUAAUUAUUUUUA